GUAAACAGGGUAUAAACUGGUGUUUCUGGGCGGCGUCCGCACCAACGCGAACUGUAUCUGGGAGGUGCGAGCGUCAAAACACGGAAAUAACUCCGCAUAAACGUCGGGAUUGUUCGGCGACAUUCUACAAGAAGAAAAACAAGCGGCGAGGUUCAUAGGUAUCGCAGAAGUGGUUCUGAAUACGUACAGGUUUCCCCGACGCCUACUGCACGACGCGGCGAGAUGGCGUUACAGGUGUGUUUGUACUGCAUGAUGCUCGCGGCAGUGCUCAGCGCGCGCGGAAAUGUUCGCAGCGAAUCGUGUUCGGAUUCCAUCGACAUCUUGUUCAACCAAGGACUCGAUCCGAAAUCGUUCGAAAACGGGGCGAACUUCACAAAGCGCCUGGAAAACGCUUCGGACGGCGACGCCUGCGGGAAAGCUUGCUGUAACUCGGAGGACUGUCACCUGGCGCUGGAGGGGGAUCUGCAGGACGGGCUGGUCGAGUGUUUCCUGGUGAACUGUAUCAAAGACGGGGAAAAUAAGUGCCAGCUGAUGGACCGCGAGGGCUCCAAGAUGUACCGGAGGGGGGACGCCAUGCCGAAAACCGACGCAGGUAAAGCUACCACUGUGGGAUCUACUCUGCCUGCGAUGACAACAAGCGAAUUUGCAGAAAAAUGUGAGGCCCCACCACUGCCUGGCAUGUGCCGCGCUGCCAUGCCGCGUUUUCACUACAAUAGUUCUACCCGCACAUGCCGACCCUUUAUCUAUGGCGGGUGUGGGGGCAACAAAAACAACUACGCCAGCAUGGAGCAAUGCGAGGCAACCUGCACAGGGACUGUUGCAACAACACAGUCCGUUAAACCAAAAGACUUGGAUGCUUGUUCAGCACCCUUUGAGUCCGGUCCCUGUCGUGCUGCCUUCCGCAAGUAUUACUUUGACCCCAGUGCUGGAAGAUGCGUUUUGUUUAUCUAUGGGGGUUGCCAAGGCAACAAUAACCGGUACAACACCGUGGAAGAGUGCAUGACCAGAUGUACUGGACAGGAAGGGAAACUUGAUCAGUUUUUCCACCAUGUUGCUCCACCGAGUGCAGCCUUUUUCCUGGUGGCCACCCUAGCUGUCAUGUCCAUUGUGCUCUUGGGGGGCCUGGUCCUGCUCUUGGUGCGGAGGACCAGGAGUCGCCGCCUUGUACAUGAUGACAAGGAGGAGUUGCUGCCAGCGGAGCAACUGCCUGAGGUGCCAGAACCCAUCGUAAUGAAAUAAACGUGUUUCUGAUGAAAUUAUUUCAUGGGAAGCAAAACCUUCAGUGCAUUUCUCAACAUUUUAACACUAAAAUCAGCAACAAAUUACAUUAGCACAUUACUGUACAUUAGCUCCUUGGAAAUAAAUUGAAAAGUAAUGCUCUGGCUUAGGUGUGUUAAAUAGUAUAACCUGUAAUACUGGACCUGAUAACCUGAUGUGGAAAGCAAAAUACUGAAUUUCCUUGAAAUAUUUGGUAUAGUAAAUGAUUUAAAAACUCUAUCUACCUGUGAUUCCUUUUGCACAUCGUUCUUCGUCUAGAGGCACAUCAAAUGCAUACAUUGGUACAUUAUGCUAAUCUUUGCAUCCCUGCUUUGUGGCUUGCCAGUAACAGUCAAUGGAGGUGCAAGAGUGGGGAAAAGAGCAAAUGUUGCUGCUGCUGAAUUAAGUCCUGCUAGGUGGGGCUCUUCCAAGAAAAUGGCAUGUAGUACGUUGAUUGAUACAUGUUGAUCCAGUCUGCUGUCAAUUUUUUUUAAUCGAAAAGAAACCCUAAAGUUUUGGGACGGAGACCAUGAGACAUUUGCAGAUCGAUGUUACAAAUUCACUGAAUUCAUCGUGUGCUCUUCAUUUUUUUAAGUAUGACGGAAAAGGUUAUCCCUAUUAAAAUGCUUUGGAGAAUUGUGCACAUGGUUAUGCUGAACUUCUUGUCCAGGGUAGACCAUCAUAUUAUCCAUGCUUCUUCUGUCUUUGACCUUUUUCAACAUUUAUCAAGAGAAUGCGGCUGUGUCUAUAAGCAAGCUCUACACAGUAUAUUAAUGGAAUUAUUGAACUUUAAUAAUCAAUAUUCAUAUUACUUGCAACUUGUCUUCAAGUUGUCGCUGAAAGCCAUGUUUGAAAAUUAUGGUACAUUUUCUUAUAGGUAAUUUAGGGCUGAUUUCUAUGUUCAUUGGCUGUUCAUACGUUUGAGGGGAAAUGUUCUUUUAGAUUCAAUUUUAAACUUUUGAUAUAUUUAGUGCCUUCAUAUUUAUGGUUGCUUUAAAACGGCCCAGUGUGACUUUUUCACCAAAGAGCUGUAGAAGAGAUGCAGUCCAUUUAAAAUAUGGAACUGAUCAGUAGGUAAUAAACCAGUGUAUAUCAAAGAAAUGUACGCAAAUGAUGUUAUGUUGCUUGUAAGAUGAUGUAUGUUGCUUGUUUAUUUUGACUCAUUUUCAAUAAAGUAACCAAAGUAUGCAGUAA